UCAAUAAAGGAAUCAUCAAAGAAUGAACAAAUUAAACUUACGUAUAUAGUGUUGUGUUGGUUGUUUUAUAUGUAUUCAAAAACCUGUGCAAUUGGAAAACUCAGAUUCUUGCCAACAGACUCGUAAUCAGUAAAGACUUUUAUAGAAAUAGCAAAUAAAAAUAUCUGAUUUACAGAUCUUAAGUCAUGUCAAAAUAAUAAACGUGAAAAUAUAUUGCAUAAAAACUGACCGGGGCCAAUGUGAAAAAUUUUUAGUCCCGGUCCCGCCGGAACCGGGACCACUUUGCAGUUCCCUAGUUUCGUCUAUUUUUUAUGAUUAUAUUGUUUGUGAAUAUUGAAUUUAGUUAUUGCUUGUAUAUGGUAACACAAUUUAUGUUUGUCUAGUUUACAAUUUCUUGUUAUUGUUUGAAAAGAAUAAAGUAGAUUUUUCGUCACAAAUGAUGUUGUGCUGUUACUACUGAUGACCAUACUUAUAAUGAUUGAAAAUUUCAAUUUACAUGUGAAAUCAAACUUAUAUUUUACUAUAUGGAAUUAUUUUCACAGAUUGUAGAGCCUUUCAUGCUGCAUUUUGUGAUAUAUUUUGUUCUUUUAAUAAAACAUACAUAGAGAUUAAAAUAUGAAAUGCAAUGUAUGGUAAUUUCUUAGGUCAAUAAUCGUGGAAGCCGGAUCUAUAGAUUUCCGAUCGAAAAGCUCUAGAAAAUGAUCGGAACUUGGAAGCAGGAAUGCAGUGAUCGAAUUUUUCUAGUUUUCAUCAGAACUGACCGCAACCGGUCAAAACCAGGCACCAGAUCUGAUUGCUGGAACUCUGCUUACGAAGGUUUUACCAUCUUCCCGAGCUUUCCAGCCGGAAACGGCCGGUAUUUCUUAACCUGACUUAUUAUAGGUCAUUCAUUAUCUAUUAUCAGCUGAUCACACGGUUGUUCAGAAGAUUUUGUGACUAUCUUUUUAUGCCAUGUUCAUUUUAAUUAUCUCAGGUAAAAGAUAGAAGCCAAAUUAUCAAAAUUACCGUUUUGUUGAGCUUACUGAAGAAGAAGGAAAGCCCAUAUUGAAGACUAAAACGUAUGUGUCAUCUCGAGACAUAGAUCUUUUCGGCAAAGUUUGAAGGAAUUUUUUAGCGAUUUUCCAUUCUCUAGAUCAAACUAAAGGUUUUCUUAUAUCAAAAAAUAUAGAAAGUAUAGAGACCAAAUGCAUAUGUGGUCGACGGCAUAAAUGCUGUAUUCCACAUAGCAUUAAAAAGUGCAAAAUCGCAAAUAAUUAUAAAGCUUGCUUUUUUUAAAGCUUUUCUAGGUGAUUAUUUUAAUUUAAUCAAUACUUUAGCGUUUUCAAUGAGUACAAUGAUGGAUUUAGAGCACAAUUUAAAGAGUUAUCGAUCUCUGUUUCCUGAUAGGCAAAAUACGAGUUAUAUAGUAAUUUUGAAUGUAAAGCCUGUCAAUCAUUUUAUUUUAUGCUGUAUCUAUAGUGAGAAAAUUAGAUUUAAUCUAUCGUAUAUAUCAAAAGAAUUUCUUGAAAUAAAAUAAGCUUGUUUGUCUUUAAUUAAGUUUAUUAUUAAAUAAAUCUUAAAUUUAUUCUCAUAUUUCAAAGCGAAGAAGAUCUUAUGAUAAAAGUUUAGUACGCAAUUCUAAUCAAGUCGUUGCUUUUUCUAUUUUAACCCUCAAGGUGAUAAGAAAAAAACUUUUCCUUUUUUUUUUUAAUAUUAAACUUUCACACGUCUUCGUUAGUUAUUCCAAUUACGAGUAAGUAAGCAAUACUUUUGUAAUCACUAUUUUUUUUCUCAUUCUUUGCUUCUUCCUUUUUUUCCGUCAACAUCGGUAAACAUUCAAUUGAAUAUUCUGGUUCAAUCACAAUCGACAUCAGUCGUCGUCGUCGUCGUCUAUUCUUCUUUUUUGGUAAUAAUAAUAGGUAAUACAACAUCAGAAGUAGCUUCAGGUGUGCAAGCUCAGAUAAAUUCAGGUGGUCAAGGUCCUGAACUUUAUCGAUUUGUGGUUUUGAAAGUAAAUUUAAUUGAAAAAAAGAAAAAUUUGUUUUUUUUUUGAAAAUUUUCUUCAAAGGGAGGUAGAGAAUUCAUUGAUGUGAUGCGUGUAACAAAUCGAUGCACUUAUUCAAAAACAUACUCCAAGAUUUCUUUAUAAUAAUGGUGAAGGAAAAUUGGUAGAAAAUGAAAUGUUUUUGUUUUCGAAAUUUGUUUUUUGCUUUUUGUUCGUUUCAGGUAACAAUAAGUGAAAUCAUCAAAUGACAAAAUAAUACUUACAGUAAAUUAAAAAAAUAUAAUUUCAUCAACUAAAACACUUGAUGAAGAUGAUAUCAAUGAUAAAUGAAAUGAAAAAAAAAUAAAUAAACAAAUAUGUCAUUUGGAAAAUUUAGGUGAAGAAACUUAACGUAUUUGUUCGGGUCUUGAUUUACGAGAUGAUGUUGGAGAACAUAUUGUUCAUAUUUAUUUUCUUUCAUCAACUCCUGUUCAUUCAACAUUAGCUAAAAGACUUCUAAGACAUUAUCCAAGAUUAAUGGAUGAUAUAUAUAUGGGUGAAUGAAUAUUAUGGUUACUUGACUUUGACUUUUUUCUUUUCAAUAUUUUAUAUUAAAUUUUUAGGUGAAAAUAUUCUGCAUAUUGCAAUUGUUAAUGAAGAACCAGUCACAGUUGAAAUUUUUACUUGAUGCAAAGGUGGUAAUUUUACACAAAGAUGUUGUGGAAAAUUUUUUUGUCCGGAAGAUCAAAAGUCGAGUCGGUAAGAAGAAAAAAAAACAAUUUUGAUGAUUUUUUUUUUCUUGGAAUAUCAAUUUAGGGUGGAUAAUGUAACAAAAGAAUGUCCAGAUGUAAGUGUUGCAAUUAAUUAUGGAGGUUAUUGUUAUUUUGAUGAAUAUCCACUUUCAUUUGCGGCUGUUUUACAACAAGAAGAAUCAGUAAGAUUAUUAGUUGCUAAAAUUGCUGAUAGAAAUUGUCAAGAUUCAAAUGACGAUAUACCUUUACAUAUACCAUUAACACUUACAGCUGUUAAAGCACGUAAAAAAAUCUUUGAUCAUAUUUCACAAAAAGUUCGAACAAUCUAUUAUCAAUAUAGAAAUGUAAUAUGUGCAGAUUAUCCAUUAGAUGAUAUUGAUACAAUUGGAAAAGAUGAAUCUUUAAAUGAUACAAGUUCAUUAAAUAUUAUUGUUCGUGGAGAAUCCGCUGAUCAUUUAGAUAUGAUGAAUGUUUUAAUUGUAAAAUUAUUAAAUGAAAAAUGGCGUACAUUUAUCAAAUUCAAAUUUUUUCAAUGUAUGAUUAUAUUUACAAUUUAUUUUGGUAUAUGUUUAUUUGGAUUAUUGAUUCGUGGUUAUUAUCAUGUACCAUCAUCAUGUAUUAUACAUGAAGUAAUUAAUAAAGAAGAAAAUAUAAUGAAAUCAAUAAUUGCUAAUCGAAUUGAAUAUUCAUUUAUUUCUGUUAAUGAUCCAAUCAGAGUAUUAUUUCUUUUUUCUUGUAUAUUAACAUUGGCAAUGUUACCAGCUCGAUUUACUUGUUUAAUUAUUACUAAUGGUGUUUUUUAUGUAUUUGCAACACUUCCUUGUACACCUUAG